AUGCCCCUGAUUAAUGAUAUCCCUCAAUUGCAUAGUGUUUAUAUCUUCAGUAACAAUAAAUCCCAACAUGAAGAAUGGACAACAAAAUGGCAAAAAAUCAAGAGCGUUCAUACUAACAUCGAUGACUUAUGCCAAUCAUUAAAAAUCGGUAUCAAGCAGUUCAAUCAAGAUUCGAUUGCCAUGAGUUUUAUUACGGCAAACGAAAUGGCAUCAACUGGUAAUUUGAAUCAAUUAGAGCCAACAUUUAUGUAUACUCAAAUAUUCAAGGAUAUUCUUCUUGAUAUGAAACAUGAUGAACAGGCGAUCAAACAGUUUAUUGAUUAUUGUCGAAAAAAUAACAGCAUGUCACAACUCAAUAUUGACCGUUUUGAGAAAAACUAUCAGGCUCAAUCCGCUAUUUGGUGGUAUACUUUCCCAUCCAAUAUCUAUUCAAUACUCAAUUGUGCCCUUCGCGCUAUGGAAGGCGAUACUAUUAUUAAUAUGGGUUUUUUCAUCCAUGAUCUUCACCAACAAAUUCAACAGCUACAUCAACAACAGGCUCAUAGUUAUCAUGGCGAACCAUUCAUAGUUUACCGGGGACAAGGUCUUAUGAAAUCAGACUUUGAAAAACUUCAGAAAUUAAAAGGUGGACUUAUGUCAUUUAAUAAUUUCUUGUCCACCAGUAAAAAUGAUGAAGUGUCUCUCGGUUUUGCUCAAGGUGCUUCGACAGACCCGGAUAUGGUGGGCAUUCUUUUCAUUAUGUCAAUUGAUCCUUGCUUGGAAUCAACAUCAUUUGCCUCCAUCAAAGAGGAGAGUUAUUUUAAGGACGAAGAUGAAAUUCUCUUCUCAAUGCAUACCGUCUUCCGAGUGGGUGCAAUUAGACAAAUGGACAAUAACAAUCAACUUUAUCAAGUUGAAUUAGAGUUAACGUCGGACGAUGAUCCACAAUUACGAUUACUUACUGAUCGAAUACGGAAAGAAGCUGCUGGUGACAAUGAAUGGGAGAAAUUGGGUAACUUAUUGCUCAAAAUUGGGCAGUUUAAUAAAGCUGAAGAACUUUAUAAUGUAUUACUCGAACAGACAUCUGAUGAGAGUGAAAAGGCGUAUUAUUAUCAUCAGCUGGGAUAUGUCAAA